UGACCACAGGCCUGGACAGCAUAUCUAAACCCAGUUGCAAACGGAACAUUGUCGGGGAAAAAAAAAAACCAGAGUUGGGAACCAAAAAACGGUCGGGGUUCAUCGAUUUCGCGUGUUGUUCUGUCGGGUUCCACAUCUGGUUGGGAUUUUAUCUGAUUGAUUUUUGACGGGUCAAAGAUGCAGAAACUGGGUGAUUUCAAGCUUCCUCAAUUCUUCAAUUAUCCUCCAUACUUCACUUUGCAGCCAGUGAGGGACACUCGGGAGAAGCAAAUACAGCUGUGGAAAGAGCUUAUCUUGGACUACUGCAAAUCCCAAAAGGUUUUCUUGAUCGGCGUUGAAGAUGACUUCCCUCUCUUCUCCAACUCUUCUAUUGAUAGAACUCUAAGCCAUGAAGCAAGGGAAACCUUCCUCUCAGCCAUUGUCGGUGAAGGGCGUGCGGAAUGGCUAGAUAAAGGACAUAGGAAAUGUCUGAUCCUGUGGCACCGGAUUCAAGAUUGGGCAGACAUCAUUCUUAAGUUUGUGAGAGAGAAUGGAUUAGAGGACAGUGUUAUGACUGUUGAAGAAAUACGUUCAGGGUCUGAAUCCCUUGGAACAGAACUUGAAGGGAUUGAUCGGACGAUUCUAAUGAGGGCCUUGAAGCUGUUAGAGAACAAGGGCAAGCUUGCAUUGUUCAAAGGAACUUCAGCCGAUGAUGAAGGCGUCAAGUUCUCUGUCUGAUGUCUUUUUUCUUUCUCUUUUUUUUUGUCAACAAGGGGGAAACAGGAAGAAAAAAUGGAUAAACUAAACAUCUUGAUUAACAGACUUCCAUUCUGUAAUCACAACUUUUGAGUUCUGUAGAAUAAAUCGCAUUUUUAUAACAUAAGACUAGACAAACCAUUCUCUCUUAGCAGAUGGUUUGUCAUAGUAUGUUAUCACUUAAUGCACUCAUGAUCACUUCUGUUAGAAGGAAGUCUUGAAGGA